AUGACGAUGUCGGUAUCUAUGCCAAAUACUAAUCAAGAAAAACAAGCAAGAAGUGAUUUAAAAGCUGAAACUCAAAGAUUAGUCUCAAAAACAGAUGUUCUGAUAUUAGAUGCAUUGAAUUACAUAAAAGUAACUACUAUUACUAGUAAAGAAAUAAGUACAUUUUGUGUUAUAUACUAUUUUAAAGCUCGUCGAAUUUUCUACAAAAUCUAUUGUAAUACUUCUGUUGAUCUGGCACGUCAGUGGAAUAAUCAGCGGCAACUCGAGAAUUCUUCAGAAGCUUAUGCAGAACCAAUUUUCGAUGCAUUAACACAACGUUUCGAACCGCCAGAUGGUAAAAAUAGAUGGGAUUCACCAUUGUUUGAAAUUACUCCCGAAAUGAAUUUACCAUGUGAACAAAUUAUCGAUUUUUUGUUAAAUAAACGACCACCCCCUCCGAAUAAAUCAACCGUGAAUUUGCCAAUCUCCGAUACAAAUUUUUUGUAUGAUGUGGACAAGUUAACUCAGGAUGCCAUUGAUUCGAUUGUUCAACAAAGUAAAAUGGCUGUUAUCGGGCAAGAAUUCAGUGUGCCAUUGACUAAUGAGAAGAUAAUAUGGAAUCACUCACAUUCAGCAUCAGAUUUACGUCGCAUUAGACAGCAGUAUUUAAAAUUUAUUAAGACACAUCCACCAUCGAAAGAAACUGCUACUAAUAUAACGACAAUGUUUGUCCAAUUUUUAAAUAAUAACUUAUGA